GUGUUUUAGUAGUUAUAAUUGUAUUUUAUAAAAUGUGUCUUUGUUUUUUCUUUACGAAAACUACCGGUGUUUAAGGCUUCAAAACGGAGGGGGCAAUGUGGACAGUAUGCGUCCCCGCAUGGGGUGCAUGUAUGGCUGCAGGGGCGCUAAUUCUGUACAGCUCGCUCGACGUAGCUUACUUCGCAAGGAUGAUGUAUACUGUGGCAAAGGCCAGGUACUUUAAAAAGAAAGCUUGCAUUUUGGAUACCACAGAGGUAAACUCCUGGUGCCUUCUAAACGACAUAGACACGCUACUCUAUCACAUGAACAACGCGCGAUACCUCCGCGAGCUGGAUUUUGCUCGAGCUGAUUUUUACGAACGCACAGGUCUAUACGCUAAUAUCAAAACUGCAGGAGGGUCCGUCGUGCAAGCUGCGUCUACUAUACGGUACAGGCGGUAUUUGAAACCGUUUACUAGGUUCAUUAUUACUUCUAAGGCAAUCUACUGGGACGACAAAACAGUGUUCAUGGAGCACGAAUUCGUCGGUCCAGGGGGAUUUGUGCAUGCAGUAGCGGUUUGCCGUCAACGUGUAAUUGACACGUCGGCUGCUAAUAUAGCUGAGCUAUUGGUGCAAUUGCACUGCUCGGGGCAGUGCCGAUCUAUGCCUAGCAAGAUGCCACAUGAGCUGGAACUGUGGGUGCAGAGCAAUGAGCUUAGUUCAGCCAAGCUGCGCGCGACCGCCAACCAAAUCAUCCCCAACUACGGUCAACCAAUCGGCUGCGGUCCCUGCGGGGAAGUGGUGCCGCCAUCGCCUUCGGACAUUUAAAAUUCACUUUUUCAAUAUACACUAACGGCGCGUGUACACGCUAAGAAAAGUCGCCGGGUCUAUGCAAGAAUUCGUGUCGUUUCUACACACGAACUGUGUACACAGCCUCGGCGCCGGACAAGAAAAAAUUCUUGUCUAACCCCGACGCGACGCGCUCUGCCGCUAUUGCAUAGGGCGCAGUGUCAGUAAACGACCGUUUAUGCGCGUGGACUGAUUUUGCCCACUGUUGUUGGUAAACCUUUUUGCUGACACACCUUCUAUGUAGGUCUUUGAUUUGAACGUUUGUUAAAACGUUGAAAUUUUCAUACGAAAAUAUUUGAUAAACUUUUCCACAUGUAGUCGCAGUGUAAAAUAGAGGGUACCAAAUUCAUCUUUUUGUUGCAAAAUUGGGUGAGUCCAAUAAAUUCUCUUGUA